AUUUCACCGGAAUGAACCAAAGUCAGACCAAAGACCAUUACUUGUGUUCAUACCAAUCACUCUGUUCAUAUUUCAUUCAUCAAAUCGUCAAUGUUCUCAAUAGAAAAGGCUUCUCUUCAUUACAUUUAGAUCCCUGUUUUUCGUCUCUCCAUUGCAUUUCUUUUAAUCUCAUCAAAAUUUCUUCUGGAGAUUCAGGAAUCAGAUGCGUAACUGAUAAAUUAGUCCGAUCUUCUUGUCAUUCCUCUCUCAAAAUCUAAGGAUACCCAUUUGUUGCAAAUCCAAAAGGGUGUCGUUUUCUUCUGGAAAGUUCUUUUCUUUGCGGUUUGUCUGGAUUUUCUUUUGUGGGUGAUCAAUGGGGAAGGUGGCAGUGGGGGCCGCGGUCAUAUGUGCUGCGGCAGUGGCAGCGGUGGCGGCUGUGGUGGUGCACCGCAAAAUGAGGGAGGCUGCCAGGUGGACCAGGGCAAUGAAGAUUGUGAAGGAGUUUGAGGAGAAAUGUGAGACCCCAAUUGGGAAGCUGAAGCUGGUGGCUGAUGCCAUGACUGUGGAGAUGCAUGCUGGCCUUGCAUCUGAAGGUGGCAGCAAGCUCAAGAUGCUCAUCAGCUAUGUCGACAAUUUGCCAACUGGGAAUGAGAAGGGAUUAUUUUAUGCUUUAGAUGUUGGAGGAACAAACUUCCGUGUUUUGCGGGUGCAACUGGGAGGGAAGGAUGCUGGUAUUGUUAAUCAGCAGUUUACUGAGGUGUCAAUUCCUCCCAAUCUGAUGACUGGGACUUCUGAUGAAUUAUUCGACUUCAUUGUGACAGAACUUGCAAAUUUUGUUGCUCAAGAAGGUCCUGAUUUUCAGCUGACUCCUGGUAUGCAGAGGGAGUUAGGUUUUACCUUCUCAUUUCCGGUGAUACAAUCAUCCAUUGCUUCUGGGACUCUUCUUAGGUGGACAAAAGGCUUCUCUAUAGAUGAUACAGUUGGCCAAGAUGUGGUAGCAGAACUGACCAAAGCCAUGGACAGAAAAGGGCUUGAUAUGCGAGUUACAGCUCUGGUCAAUGACACGGUUGGAACACUAGCUGGAGGUAGGUACGCAGACAGUGAGGUUGUUGCUGCUGUGAUCCUAGGUACUGGCUCAAAUGCGGCAUAUGUAGAACGUUCACUGGCAAUACCGAAGUGGCGUGGUCUACCACCUAAGGCUGGGGAGAUGGUUAUCAAUAUGGAAUGGGGCAACUUUAGGUCAUCUCAUCUUCCAUUAACAGAGUAUGAUCAUGCAUUGGAUGCAGAGAGUUUGAAUCCAGGUGAACAGAUUUAUGAGAAGCUAAUAUCUGGCAUGUAUUUGGGAGAAAUUGUACGUAGAGUUCUAUGCAGGAUGGCUGAAGAAGCUGCUUUUUUUGGUGACACUGUACCACCAAAACUUAAAGUGCCAUUCAUAUUGAGAACACCCGAUAUGUCAGCAAUGCAUCAUGAUACAUCACCUGACCUCAAAGUUGUGGCCAAUAAACUGAAAGAUAUUCUAGAGAUAUCCAGUUCCUCCCUGAAGAUGAGAAAAUUGAUUGUUGCACUCUGCAACAUUGUUGCCACACGUGGGGCACGUGUUGCAGCUGCUGGAAUCUUGGGUAUACUGAAGAAAAUGGGAAGAGAUACAAUCAAGGAUGGGGAGAAACAGAGGACAGUGAUAGCAGUGGAUGGUGGACUCUACGAGCACUAUAUUGAAUACCAGAAGUGCUUGGAGAACACUGUGAAUGAAUUGCUCGGACAAGACCUAUCUGACAGCAUAGAAUUGGUGCAUGCAAAUGAUGGCUCAGGCAUUGGAGCUGCCCUCCUCGCUGCCUCCCAUUCCCAGUAUCUUGAAGCUGAGAAGCCAUAAGCAUAGUCAGAACAACUUUGGGCAUUCUUGAUGGUUUUUUGCAAAACUUCUUUAAAUUUUUUUAAUUUAGUCCAUUUUUUUACCUCUUCUCUUUCAUUUGAGGAAUAUGAAUUUUUUUCUUUUAAUGGCAACAGAAAGGAACACUUGCCAUUUUUAUUUUUAUUUUUAUUUUUAUUUUUUUUUGACAAGGGUAAUAGUUAGGAAGUUAAUAUGAAUUAGUUGUUAGCAGCUGAGGAUUUGAUCCCCAGACUGAAUGAACAUUUCACCAUUUC